AUGUCGCAGAAAUUGAAGGACAAGGUGGCCAUUAUAACAGGCGGGGGCCAUGGCUUUGGAGAGGCCAUGGCAAGGCGCUUUGCGGCAGAGGGUGCUAGAGUGGUAAUCGCCGACAUCAAUCCCAAGACCGGAUCCAAAGUCGCGCUCGAGAUCAACGAGACGCAUGGUGAGAAAACAGCGCUGUUCCAGGAGGCAAAUGUCACCAGUCAGGCUUCAUGGACCAAGAUGCUGGAAGCCACACUGAAGGAAUUUGGUAAGGUUGAUAUCGUGGUGAACAAUGCGGGCACGACGUAUCCCAAAAAAGCCUCGCACACUGUCACCGAGGAGGAGUACGACAAGGUCAUCGGUGUCAAUAUGAAGUCUAUAUUCCUCAGUGUGGCCGUGGUGGUGCCGUAUUUUAUGGAAAAGAAGGCAGGCACCAUCCUGAACAUCAGCUCGGUCGGAGGUAUCCGUGUCAAGAACGGACUGGUAUGGUACGGUGGAACCAAAGCAUUUGUCAACAAGAUCACAGAGGGGCUUGCCUCAGAAUACGGCCAUGCUGGGGUCCGAGUCAAUGCUGUCUGUCCAAUCUUGGCAUAUACCGACCUAGCGGAAUCCUUCAUGGGAGUCGAGGAUACACCAGAAAAUCGGGCUAAAUUCGAGGCCUCGUUCCCCCGAGGUGAAGCUUUGAAGCAGAACAGUUCGAUGGGUUAUGUCGCCAACGCUGCGCUAUACCUUUGCUCCGACGACGCGGCAUUCGUAAGCGGAGUAUGUCUGCCUGUCGACGGAGCCGCAACUGUAUUUGCCGCUGGAGUUGGCAAAUAG